AUGUCGCCAACGGUGAAUGAGGGGACUCCGGAAGCGCAGCAAGCAGACGGCCCCCCUGUAGCACCUCAUCCAUCCUUUAUACAGGUCGCAAAUCCGUAUAUCUUUGAGAAAACGGUCCAAGAUUGUUUUGCAGCUACGGGGGUAAAUUCUCUUCGGGAAGAUAGCAAUCGGCUCCAGGGAAUUACCUGGAUUGAUAACGUUCGAAAGGCUCUUCAUCUGCCUGUCCGGACGUUCAACACAGCGUCUAUUUAUUACCACAAGUUUCGCCUGGUCCAUCCGGACAAUGAGUAUAAUUACAUAGAAGCGGCUGCGGCUGCGCUAUUUACUGCGUGUAAGAUCGAAGACACGUUAAAGAAAUCCAGAGACAUCCUGUGCUGCUCGUACAAUCUCAAGCUCCCUCCAACAGAGCAGUUAUCUGCAGAUGAUCCUCUUUUCGAGACGCAUUCUCGGGCCAUCAUUGGCCUUGAGAGGCUGAUGCUAGAAUCAUCUGGAUUCGAUUUUCGAAACCGUCACCCUCAAAAGGUCCUGAUGAAACUUACAAGGCAAUGCGGCCUCGGUAAAGAUUCGCAAGUCGGACGAAUCGCCUAUACUAUCAGUUUGGACCUGUAUAGAACUUUUGCCCCGCUUAAACAAACAUCGGCUACAAUGGCCUUUGCCUGCCUGGAGCUAGCAGGCAGGCUUCUCAAGGAACCGGUAGAGAAAAUACAGUCUGAGGACGAAUAUAAACUAUGGGAAACCUCACGUGCAGAGGUCAUGGAAACAAUCCUCGAUUUACUCGAACUAUACACACAUAACCGUGCAUCAACUUCAGUUGGCCCUGACUUUAGCCUUGACCUGUUCCUGAACAUCCGUAUCCCUUUGAAUGAGGAAGCAGACGCCAACAAUAUCCCCCGAUUUGCUUACUGGAAGAAGAGAAAGGCGGAAAGUAACGGAGUAUCGAACGGGACCUCUUCAAAGAAGUCUAAAAAUAGUCAUCACCGACAUAAAGAUAACCACGAUACAUCUACCGUACAUGUUGCUCCGCCCGUGAACCCGAUGAUGCCUACUGCUGCCCAUGACUCUGUUGCGAAGGCCAAUGAACGCAGCAGGGACACUGCGAUACGAUUCAUGCUGAACCCUGAGCAGGCACAAUCAGAACGUGAGACGGUGGCCGAAUAUUUCAAGGUUGAAAUGGAAGAAUAUGAAGUGGAAGAAUAA